AUGCCUGGUUCAAAGUCAACGCGAUCCGUCCUGGUGACGGGUGCGCUUCUUUCGCUGGCAUCGCAGGCGCUGGGACACAUGGAGAUGAGCUGGCCUUAUCCCCUUCGCAGCAAAUACAACCCUGCCAACAGCUACAACAUCAUUGACUACAGUAUGACUUCGCCGCUUGUGGCCGACGGUUCCAACUUUCCUUGCAAAGGUUAUCAAAACGAUCGUCCUUUCGUUCCUGUCAUUACCUACUCUGCUGGCUCGACUUACAACAUGACCGUGGCUGGUAGUGCCACUCACGGCGGUGGUUCGUGUCAACUUUCGCUCUCGUACGACAACGGCGCAACUUUCAGAGUCAUCAAGUCGAUGAUUGGAGGAUGUCCUUUGACGUCGACUUACGACUUUACCAUUCCUUCUUACGCACCUGAUGGAAACGCUCUCUUCGCUUGGACCUGGCAGAACGAGCAGGGAAACCGCGAGUACUACAUGAACUGCGCGACCGUGUCCAUCGAAGGCUCUUCGGCAUCCAAGCGCGACACCGAGAGUUUUGAGGCUCUGCCCUUCAUCUGGAAGGCCAAUCUUCCUGGUAUCAACACUUGCACAACAGUUGAGGGUGAAGAUCCUGUGUACCCCAUGCCUGGUCCGGAUGUUCUCUACGGCGGCAAGAUGACCAGUGCGAGCCCUGCAGACUCUCAACCUGGCGUCUGUGACGCACCCACGCCUUUCGGACAGACCUACAAGUUCCUAGGCGACACCCCUAAGCCUCAGACUGCAACUGUGGGUGGAGGUUCCGGAUCUUCGCCUAGUACUGCUCAGACCGCUGCUGCCUCAUCGUCAACUCAAGUUCCUACCACUUUGAAGACAACAGCCAAGACCUCUGCAACCAGCGUCAAGCAGUCUACCUUGUCUGCCGUUCCUGCUCAGAGCAGCGUCAGCAAGAACACCGCAUCGACCUCGCUUACUCUGUCUUCUAUUCACAACGUCGGCAAGACUUCCGCAGUCUCCACACCACUGCCUUCGCCUUCCUCUUCUGGCUCCGAUUCGGGCGACUGCCCUUCAGACGUGACUCUCACCGUCUACACCACUGCUGGUGCAACCGCAAAGACCAGCGUCAUCUCUGCUUCAGGCGCAGCCUCUUCAGCCUCUGCUUCCGCCGCAGCAUCUUCUGCACCCAUCGAUCCCAGCACCGAAUACGCCACCGCAGACCUCUCUACCUACCUCCCCUGCGUGCCUGGCACCUACAUCUGCACCUCAGCCAAUACCUGGGUAACCUGCGACAGCACCAUGUACUCCAACGGCCAGACCUCAUGGGUAUACCGCGCGCCUCGCUCGCUCGACAACGGCGCCACCUGCGUGCCUUCCUUCUCCCCUUACUCCUCAUCCACCAAGCAAUACGCCCAGCAGGCCGACUCGCCCGCAGGCUUCUACCGCGACGACCGUAUCGCUUAUCCCUCUGGCCAAGGCGCCUGCCCCGAGAACGGAGAUUUGCAGUGUGUGGGCACUGGGGGCUUUAACAUGUGCAACGACUUGGUGUGGUUUGGAAUGGGCGGUACCGCUGCUGGUGUGCAGUGUGAAGACAACGUGUUGGUUGCCACUUCGUAG